GGCAGGCCGCGCGCCCAGACCGCUGGCGCGACUGCAGCGGCUAACUGGCUGUUGGAGAGAGACGCUGUUCAGCUUUAGUGCUCGUCGUGGAGAUGGCCUCGUUCGUGACGGAAGUUUUGGCACACUCGGGAAGAUUGGAGAAGGAGGAUCUGGGCACCCGGAUCAGCCGCCUGACCCGGCGGGUGGAGGAGAUCAAGGGCGAGGUAUGCAGUAUGAUCAGCAAGAAGUACAAUGAAUUCCUUCCUAGCAUGCAGAGUGCACAGGACCUGGUUACUCAGGUGGAUAAGCUAUCUGAGGACAUUGACCAGCUGAAAUCCAGGAUAGAGAGUGAGGUUCGCCGGGAUCUUCAUGUAUCAACUGCUGAAUUUACAGAAUUGAAGCAACAGUUAGAAAGAGACUCAGUAGUCCUGAGUUUGCUUAAACAGCUACAAGAGUUUUCUACUUCUAUUGAAGAGUAUAAUUGUGCAUUAGCAGAGAAGAAGUAUGUCACUGCUGCUCAGUGUCUGGAAGAGGCACAGAAAUGCUUGAAAUUAUUAAAAGCCAGAAAAUGCUUUGAUUUAAAAAUGUUGAAAUCUCUCAGCAUGGAGCUCACAAUACAGAAACAGAACAUACUUUAUCACCUUGGAGAAGAGUGGCAGAAACUGAUUGUAUGGAAGUUUCCACCAUCAAAAGAUACCAGUAGCUUGGAAUCUUGCCUACAAACAGAACUUCAUAUAUGCACUGAACAAUCUCAGAAAGAAGAGAAGAGCCCUGUGCCACCCAUUAGUUCUGUUCUCUUGGCAUUUUCUGUUCUUGGGGAGCUACACACCAAACUUAAAUCAUUUGGACAGAUGCUACUGAAGUAUAUCCUUAGGCCUUUGGCCUCUUGCCCAUCCCUGCAUGCUGUGAUAGAAAGCCAGCCUAGCACAGUCUCCUUUCAUUUUGAAUCUGUGAUGACUGACUUGGACUAUCCAUCACCAUCUGAAGUGUUUACAAAGAUCAGAUUGGUACUGGAAGUGCUCCAGAAACAACUUCUAGAUUUGCCUCUUGUCACUGACCUAGAAAAUGAAAAAACAUCUAAGAUCACAUUGACCGAGAUGUUUGGUGACAUGAUAUGGGAGGACUUGUCUGAGUGCCUCAUUAAAAACUGUUUGGUUUAUUCUAUUCCAACAAAUAGCAGCAAGUUACAGCAGUAUGAGGAGAUCAUACAGUCUACUGAAGAAUUUGAAAAUGCCUUAAAGGAGAUGAGAUUUUUAAAAGGAAAUACAACUGAUUUGCUGAAAUAUGCCCGUAACAUCAAUUCUCAUUUUGCUAACAAGAAGUGCCAGGAUGUGAUUGUGGCAGCCAGAAACUUAAUGACCUCUGAAAUUCACAACACUGUGAAGAUUACUCCUGAUUCUAAGAUAAGUGUGCCAGACUUACCUGGUCCUGAUGAGGAUGAGAAGCUAGAAGGACAAAAAAUAUCCAAAACUGAGUACAAUGAAGUGGUGAAUCUAGAGCCUGAAAAUACACUGGACCAGCAUUCCUUUUCUUUGCCGACAUGCCACAUCAGUGAAUCUGUGAAGAGAUUAAUGGAACUCGCCUAUCAGACUUUACUAGAAGCAACGACCAGUAGUGAUCAGUGUGCUGUGCAACUUUUCUACUCAGUGAGAAAUAUCUUCCAUUUGUUCCAUGAUGUUGUACCAACAUAUCACAGGGAGAACCUUCAAAAACUGCCCCAGUUGGCAGCCAUUCACCACAACAACUGUAUGUAUAUUGCUCAUCAUUUGCUGACCCUUGGGCAUCAGUUCAAGUCACGUCUUGCCCCCAUUCUAUGUGAUGGCACUACUACUUUUGUAGAUCUUGUUCCUGGCUUCCGGAGACUUGGGACAGAGUGUUUUUUAGCCCAGAUGCGGGCGCAGAAAGGAGAACUUCUGGAAAGAUUAUCAAGUGCAAGGGACUUUUCAAACAUGGAUGAUGAAGAAAACUAUUCUGCAGCAAGCAAAGCAGUCCAUCAGGUACUGCACCAACUUAAGAGGCUUGGAAUUGUGUGGCAGGAUGUCCUGCCGGUAAAUAUAUAUUGCAAAGCUAUGGGGACUUUACUCAGUACAGCAAUUUCUGAAAUCAUUGACAGAAUCACGGCACUAGAGGACAUCUCUACUGAAGAUGGUGAUAGAUUGUAUUCCUUAUGCAAAACAGUGAUGGAUGAAGGACCCCAAAUAUUUGCACCUCUAUCUGAAGAAAGCAAGAACAAGAAAUAUCAAGAAGAGGUUCCAGUCUUUGUGCCAAAAUGGAUGCCUUUCAAAGAACUGAUGAUGAUGCUACAAGCCAGUCUACAAGAAAUUGGGGAUCGGUGGGCAGAUGGAAAAGGACCUCUGGCAGCUGCAUUCUCGUCCAGUGAAGUGAAAGCUUUAAUUCGUGCCUUGUUCCAGAAUACAGAAAGAAGAGCAGCUGCCCUUGCUAAGAUUAAGUAACUCUAUCUUAAUGAGAAAGCCAUGUCUUGACAAUGUGGAUUCCUGUCUUGGCACAGUCACUGCCUUAAAGACUUCUUGGAAUCACCAUUGGUUUUGGUGAAUCAAUAUAUCAUGGAAGUUUGACUUGAUAUAAGAACAGCUUAUCUCCUGGUCUGUAUCAUGCUUUGUUGAAGAACUGGAUGUUAAGAUGUAGAGCAAAGAACCUCAAAUUGUUGACUUUCUGGCCACCCUCUCUCAGUAAGACAAACUGUAGGGCAGCAUUAUUUCAUGCUGCUUGCAGAGUCCUCUGGGAAUUAUAUACCUUGUAAAGGUAGGCCCUGGCCUCAGACCAAGUAAUGCAGGAGAUUCCAAGAGUCAGGGUGAAAAAUUGGUGAGCAAAUGGGAGAUAUUUGGGGCGUGGGGAGUAGGGGCACCAUAUUUGGCCUUGCCGGAAUCAAGAAGACUUCCUGUAAUAUUUCUUCCCAAUAAAUACUGCUUUUCAAAUUUAA